AUGUCCUUCUUGUCGAAGUUCAAAGGCGCAUCAGUUGCAGAAAAGGCGCUGAGUGCGCCGACGAAGAGCACCAAAGACCAGGGCGCACAAGGACCUACACCUUUGGAGAAGCAUUUGAAGGACGUCACCGGCCCUAUACGAUCAGAUGGGAGUGACAAGUUCUUUGGUUUCGAAAACUAUGGCUCUACAUGCUAUUCUAAUUCAAUAAUACAGUGUCUAUACUACUCGGUCCCCUUCCGUUCGCACGUAAUCAACUUCCCCUCGCAAGACUACCUCCUCACCCUCAAAUCUCCCGACGAUGAAGAAGGAGAAGAGAAACCAUUCCAACCACGAUCGACGAGCACAACACCAUGGCCGAAUCCCACAUCACCAGCUCGCAAAGAGCCUCCUGCGCCCGGUUCGCCUCAAGCGCAGGGAAAGCCAGAAGAGACGAAAGACUCACCGGAAUACCGCAAGAGGAUGGCGCUGAAGGCAGGCCCGGUGUUGGAUAUGCGGCACGAUAAUGCGAAUAGAUACGGCAUGGACGAGUCGCUGUUCACGGCGCUGAAAGACAUCUUCGAUGCGAUCAAGGACAAUCAAUCGCGGAUAGGCGUGAUCAGUCCGCACAAGUUCCUAGAGAUCCUUCGGAGAGAGAAUGAGAUGUUCAGAUCGGCUAUGCACCAGGACGCGCAUGAGUUUCUAAACCUGCUGCUGAACCAGGUGGUAGAUAAUGUUGAGAUGUUCGCUAAGCAACAUCCGCCGGCAAAGCAAAUCGAAGCCAAUGGUGCUGCGCCCGAAAAGAAGCUGGAGCUGGACACUUUUACAGGAGCUGUCAAGCCGAGCUCGAACGGCUUCGACACACACUGGGUUCACGAUCUCUUCGAAGGUCUGCUCACAUCCGAGACACGAUGCUUGACCUGCGAGAACACCUCACAACGAGACGAGCCUUUCCUAGACUUGUCGGUGGAUCUGGCGGCGCACACAUCAGUCACAUCAUGCUUGCGAAAGUUCUCCGAAGAGGAGAUGCUGUGCGAGCGCAACAAAUUCCACUGCGAUAACUGCGGUGGUCUGCAGGAAGCCGAAAAGCGGAUGAAAAUCAAGCGAUUACCUCGAGUCCUGGCCUUGCAUCUGAAGCGCUUCAAAUAUACGGAAGAUCUGCAGCGACUACAGAAGCUCUUCCAUCGGGUAGUAUAUCCCUUCCACCUACGACUCUUCAACACCACCGAGGACGCCGAGGACCAAGACCGGUUGUACGAGCUCUACGCGGUCGUUGUACACAUCGGUGGCGGACCCUACCACGGCCACUACGUCAGCAUCAUCAAGACGCAAGACCGAGGAUGGCUGCUGUUCGACGACGAGCUGGUAGAGCCGGUGGACAAGAGCUACGUGCUCAACUUCUUCGGCGGCGAGCCCGUCCCCGGCCUCCAAGACGCAAAGCAACUCGCCUGCGCCUACGUCCUCUUCUACCAAGAAACCACCCUCGAAGCCAUGCUCAAAGAGCAAGAAAUCGAAGGCCACCAACCCGAAGCCGAAAGCCGCGCCUCGGACGCCGAAACGGCCAAAGAAGGCCUCUCGCCCACCAAAAGCCCGCUCUUCCAACCCGGCAGCGUCACCACCCCGAUCACCGAAGAACCCAACGGCUUCGAGAACCUCGCGCACGCCGCCACCGCUCCGGAAUUCGCAGAGUCUAAAUCUCCCAUCACGCAAACGCAAACCACGCCCUUCUCGCCGCUCAUGCCCUCGAAAUCGCGCAAGGAGCGAAAAGCGGAAGAAAAAGCGCAGAAGGAACGGCAGAAAGCGGAACAAAAAGCCGAGCUGGAGAAACGCGCGGAAGCGUCGCGGAAUCGCGUGUCCGCGUGGAAGAAGCAGGAUGAUGAGCUGAAGGCCGUGUUGGAAGCGAGUAAGCAGACUGCAGCGGACGAAGCGGCGAAGCGCGGGGACGAAACAACGCCAGUCAAGUCUGGUGGUGGGGGGAAGGAGAAUGAGAAGGGAGGCUUGUCGCGGUUCAGGCAUAGUAGUAUGAGUCUGCGCGGGAAACCGAAGUUUCUGGGCGGUGGUAACAAGGGGGAGAAGGAGGGGGAGAAGUUAGCAGUGCCAAGGGAAAGCAGUGAAGGGGGAGCGGCGGAGGAGGAGCGGAAGAGCAAGAAUCGGUUUAGUUUGGGGCGGAAGAAGAGUCAGGCUUUGUGA